AUGGGGGGCAUAAAGGUUGUGAUAACGACUUGUGGAAAAAUAUACGCGCCAUCUGAAAUAGUCGACGCGAUCUAUCCUCAUCUGCAUGACCUUGAACCUGCAACGAACUCCGAUAACCAUGAAAUUCUCAACGAAAACCCUUCAAUGCUGAAAGCGACGGAAAAAUUUGAUGAAGCAUUGGGUAACAUCGUGAAUAUUAUCGUUUCUUACGAUAUGGGAUGGAGUAAGCGAGGCAACGGAAGGAGUUACGACAGCCUCAAUGGUUACGGUGCGAUAAUAGGAUUUUUCAGUGGCAAGGUUCUCGAUUUUGCAACUCGGAAUAGGAAAUGUAAAUUCUGUGAUGCGGGUCGAUCCAAAGAAGAUCACGAUUGUCGGUUGAACUUCCAAGGAAGCGCUAAAGCCAUGGAACCUGAUGUUGGGGCUGAGUUGGUGAAUCGAAGCACUAUUCUGAAAGAUGCAGGACUCAAUGUUCGAGUUUUAAUCGGAGAUGAAGAUAGUUCUACCAUCGCGGCAGUACGUCGAGGAAAUUCGCAACAAAUUUUUAAAGAUGAAAAAAAAGAAGCUAUCCCUCAUCUCAAAAAGUGCUUCGGAUACGCAGUAGCGCAAAACAAAGGAAAAUCUGUGGAACUAGCCAACUGCCUUCGUAGCAUACCUGACCAUUUUUUCAAUCGACACGACAACUGUGGACAUUGGUGCCUUCGUCGCUGUGAUAGUUCAGGCGUUCAAAAAGUUGUGUUUCAAGAUCCAGGGCUGUACGAGAAACUGAACGGAAUUUUCACCAAAUACGCCAAUAACGCUGCGAAAUUCUCGGUCGCAGCGUCAAGCCAAGCCAACGAAAGCCUGAACAAUAUAAUGUCCCAUAAAGCUCCGAAAAAUCGGUGCUAUAGCCUUAGCGAAUCGGCUGAUUUUCGAUUUUCAAGUGCUGUCUGUAAUAAAAAUGAGGGUGAUAGUUAUUUACUUGCUGUUUCGGAAAAAGUUCGAGUUUCACCCGGGAAAAAUACUGCAACAUUUGUAGAGAAAAACCAAGUGAAACGUUCGGAAAGAGCGUCAAAAGCAAAGUUGCCCAGCACAAAAAGCCGCAGAAAUGUACUGGCUGAUCAAAGACAGGCUUUGCGAAAGAAGGCAGAGCAGGUGGAAGGAAUUCAGUAUCAAUCAAACUGUGGCUUUGACAUGGAAACCGACGAUCUGGGGAAUAAUAUUGCUGAAGACAUGGACAACAACAAUAUGGAGAACGCAUUGCCAGUGGAUUCAAACUUCAUAUUCUUCGACUUGGAAACUUCGGGCCUUCACAAAUCAGCAGAUAUUCUCCAAAUUGCUGCUAAGUGCGGUGAGUCUACUUUUUCGGAAUAUGCCAAUCCUUCUCAACCAAUUACACCCAGCGCAACGGCAAUCACGGGCUUGAGAAAUGUCGCUGGAGAAUUAUUUCUCUAUGAUAAAAGACUACCGUCGAUUCCCAUUCACGAAGUGCUACGGAAAUUCCAAGAAUGGUUAGUCUUUUUUCAACCAUGCAUUCUUGUGGCGCACAAUGCCAAAUUUGACACUCCGCGGUUACUGCAAGCUUUCAAAAAAAAUUCUAUGAUAGUCGAUCUAAAAAAAGUCAUCGUUGCAUUCGCCGACACUCUCGUCAUUCUAAAGAAGCUUCAUCCUGAAAGAAAAGGUCCCGGGAUGUUCAAACUUUCCAGGCUCGCUGAAGAUCUACUUCACGUUGAACCAAACGAAAAAUUUCACGAAGCAUCAUACGACGUCGAUAUUCUCGAAAAAAUUGCUUCCACUAUUCCGAAAGAAAAAUUAAUUGCGAAUAGCAAAUCUUUCACGCAAUGUUUUGUUCACGAAGCUCGUUUGAAAAAAAGCAGCGGUACUCGAACGAACUCUGAAUGUUUUUAA